AUGGAUAAGCCUAAAAUAUUAUCAGGUGAUGUUUUAGUGGCCAAAGGUGUAACUAAGCAAAGUAUUACCUUGCCUGAAGUGGGCUCCAAAGAUGUUGUACCUGAUGGUUCCUGGCUGGAGCAGAAACAGAUACAAACAGCGUUAGAUUCACAAAAACACAUAUUAGAGGUUGAAAGAAUAGAAAAGAUUGGCAAUAUUUCUCACGCUCAAUGGCGAGAUGAUUUACAACUAGCGGAAGUCACCCAGAAAACCAGUGGUUGCUGGCAGUACUUUGGCCACAAUGUUGGAAAAACUUUGUAUCUAAGACCAGAAGAAGUUCUUUUUCUGAUGGAAGUCAACUCUUUACUCCUCAAACACAACGAUGUCACAGUAUCAUUGCAAAAAGCAUUUUCUCUAGUGCUUAAUAGUAAUUUGACAUAUAAUCAGUAUAGAGUGUACGCUUCUCUAAGCAGGCUUGGCUAUAAAGUAUACCGGCACAACAAAAGUUUAAAUGGCCGAAAAAUAAAUCCGAUGACUGCUCCUAAUGAAAUGGUUGUAGAAAAUAUUUUAAAACAAAAACUAUCUGAUUCGUCAAUGGAAGUAUGUGGUAAUAAAACAAGUGAUUUGCAGUCAAAUAUUUGUGAACAAUUGCCAAAUACAAAGCCAAAUAACAGUACAGAUAUUCAAAAGAAUCAAAAAAAUAAAACAAUUGAAGAAGGAGACAGUGAGAAAAACAAAACUGUUGAGAUUAAAGAAUCCCCUUGUGUUAUGGAAGUAGAAGAAACUGAAUCAAAUGAGACUAAUAUAAGUGAAAAUGACCAUACUAAUGCACAAUCUUUGACUGAAAGGUUAGAAUCUGAAAACACUGAAACUAAUAAUGGUGAAUGUGAUAAAGUCAUAGUACUUGAUGAUAUUCCGAUGCCAUCUAAUAGAGAAAGUCAAGAAGAAUUAAUUAGAAAACAUGCAAAUGAGAUAAUUGAAAAUACUGCUACAUCAGAUGUUAAGGCAUGUGAAGAAAAGAGCAAUGUGAACAGUACUGAAGAUGAUAAAAAUAAAAAUAUAGUUACUGCAAUGGAUGUUAACAAUGAGUGUUGUUGUCAAGCGGCAGCUGAUUCCACUGUCGAAACUGAAAGCAACAACAAUGAGAGUACUCACACUGCAGAGUCAGGCAUAGCGUUGGAAUUAGGUCCACCUAAAAGUCUGGAGCCAAAUAAUGACAGCAAGAAAACUGAAAUAGGUGAUAGCAACAAAAGUAUCUGUUUUUCAGAUGCACUCAUAAGUAAUAGGAAUCAGAUGUUUCAUAAUUACGUAACGAAACUGAAAAGAUUGACUGGGCGACAAUACAAACCAAGUGAUUUCAAAACUCUCGAUAAAAAUUUUGGCAGUUUUCCUGAUUUUUUUAGAAGGGAACUUGUUUUAAUCGAUGCUCCAAAACAAGAGUAUGUUCCUAAAAAUGUAUUUGUGAAUAAAUCUUCUUAUGUGUUGAAUUUAAAGCACAUAAGGAGAAAGUGCACGAGAACUAACUCAAGUGACCGCUCAAGUUAUAAUAGCUCGGAUGAAGCAAAUGACAAUCACGUAAGAAGAUUGAGAAGUAUCUCCACCACCAAUACCCCUGAAAAUUUGUCUAGACCUAACCAAUAUCAAUUCUACCGACCUAACCAUUUUUGGCGGCCCCAAAAUCAUCUUAACUAUGUCCAAUUUAACAUGGUUUUUCAAAGGCCACCUUUUUCCAAUGUGUAUUUUCAUUCUCGCCUUCAGUAUCAGCCAAGGCCGAAUCCUUCACAAAGACACUAUUUAUACAAUAAUCCUAAUAAUAUACUUUUACCACCUAAUCAUAGAAAUGAAAAUAAUAAUCCACGAAAACGUAUGAGAAAUGACAGAGCUACUCGUUUGCAGAGUAUAAAAAGUUUAUCUAUGAGAUUAAAACAACUUAUCAUGAAUGGCAAUUACCACAGUCAAAACAUUGAAUCUUUACACCGGCUUUUAUAUGCAUACAACACGAGGUACAAGACCAAUCUAAGAUUAACAAAAGAAUUCGAUGUAAUCAAUGAUGAUGAUGAUAUUGUAGAAACUAUUGAUUUAGGAGAUGACGGUGAUACAAGAAAUAAGGUUCCAAGAUUGACGCAAGAUAGUGAUAAGUUUGAUGAAAACUUAAAUUUGUUAAGAAAGCUGGCGAAAAAAUUGAAGGACUUAGAUGCUGAGAAGAAGGCAACGUCUACACAUAAGAGAGCAUUGUCGAAAGCUAUUAAAACUUUCAAUAAAUCUUAUGAUGCCGAUAUACAUAUGGAUGUUAACUUUGAAGUUAUAGAUAGAAGAUUUAUUAAUAUUGAAUCGGAUUCAGAAUCAGAUUGCGUGUUAACUGAAACUCAAGUCGCCUAUAAAGGCAAGAAAUUAAGAAACCCUUUCAACAUUCUUAAACGCCGUUCUGAACAACAAGGAGAACCCAAAGCCAGUACCAGCAAAGAAUCUACAAAUACGAAAAAUUAUAUUAAUGAUUUCACAACUAUGGAGGCUACUUCACAACACCAAAACCUUUCAAGGAUUUUUAAUGGAAACUGGUUGCCAAGUGAAAAUGAUUUCGGUAGACCAGAGGUUGUUAAAAAAAACGUGAUGAAUUCACUCUUCCUUGAUGUUUUUAAAGAACAAUUUUUAUUAAAUUAUGUGAAGAGUAAUGUUGGAGAAUUUGAUAAUUGGUUAGAAGGAAAAAUAGCUUUUUUACAGCACAUGGAAGAGACGGAUAUUGCAUAUCAAAAUGAACAUAAACAACAAAUGUCGGCUAUCAAAGAAUCAGUUAAUCAAUCUGGACUGAAACCCUUAUUGGACCCAGAAGAUUGCUCAAAUACUGCGUCAGUUUUAGAGAAGCUUAGAAUUAUUAAGAAUAAUAAAGAACUCAAAACUGACACAACACUAACUAUCGACUUUGAUGCAUACCGUAAGGAAAUAACGAACUUCAAGAAAACAAAUCCACCAAAACCACAUUUCAGAAUUAUAGUCCUUGAUGAAUCAUCAAUGUUCCCGUCCGGCGCGGAUGUCGUGUCAAUACUAUCAACAUGUGGCGACAGUGUUGCACUUGUGUUUGCAAUUGUGGGCAUAAGUUCAGUUUCUUAUGUACAAUUUAGGCCAAUAGACAUGCCUGUAUAUAUUGCCAGUAAUGAUUUAGAUUAG